CCCCUAGCCAUGUUGUUUUGAUUCCCUCCCGGCGUCACGGUAAAGGUGUCAACAACAUCAUUUUCACCUUUUUUACUCUUUUUUCAGUGUUGUGUUAGCAAAAUAUGGUAAUGACCCGAGGACGCGGGCGAGGCAUGAGAGGAGGCAUGAUGCGCCCCAUGGGCCCCGGGCCACAUUUUGGCCCCAAGAUGAAGCAGUUUGUGCCACGACUGCCCUUCGACAUGGUGCUCUGCGAGUCGGCCUUCCCCAAAGUGAAGCCAGCACCCGACGAGUCUGCAUUUACUCAGGCCCUCUUGAAAAGAAAUGCAGACUUGUCACCCACACCAGCAGAACAGGCUGCUGUACUUAACCUAGUCACAAAGAUCCAGGCUGUGAUGGAUAACCUUAUUGUAGAUCCGGGCAAUUUUGACGCAUGCGUAAGUUCCCAAAUCGAGGAGGUGCGACAGGUGGGCUCAUACAAGAAGGGCACCAUGAUGACGGGACACAAUGUGGCAGAUAUUGUGGUGAUCCUCAAGACGCUGCCCACCAAGGAGGCUGUGGAGGCUCUCGGGAAAAAGGUGUGUGAUGAUCUGCGCACGCAAGAGCCCCAGGAAGUGCUCGUCCUCACAAUGCUCCCAGAUGACCGAGGCUUCGAGAUCAGCAACAGUGAGGCCACAGUGCGUGUCCUAGUGACCACCAUCCACCAGAACCUGCGCAAACUGGAUCCUGAGCUGCACCUCGACCAGAAGAUCCUCCAGUCACACCUAGCAGCGAUUAGACACAGCCGCUGGUUUGAGGAGAAUGCACACCACUCCACAAUUAAAGUACUUAUUCGAUUACUGCGGGAUCUGCGCGGACGCUUCGAAGGGUUUGAGCCUCUGUCGCCGUGGAUGCUGGACCUCCUGGCACAUUAUGCUAUUAUGAACAACCCAAGCAGACAGGCCUUGCCCAUAAAUUCUGCAUUCCGCAGAUGUUUGCAGCUAUUAGCAGCAGGGCUGUUCUUACCAGGCUCUGCAGGUAUCAGUGACCCCUGUGAAGGAGGGAAUAUCCGUGUUCAUACAGCUAUGACUCUGGAACAGCAAGACCUUGUAUGUCUCACCGCCCAGACUCUUCUAAGAGUACUUUCACAUGGUGGCUACAAACAGAUCCUUGGACUCGAAGGCAACUCAAGUAUAGCAAGCGAAAUGUCUGUCUGGGACGGCGUCGUAGUGUCUGCAUUAGAGAAGGCGUAUGAGAAGCCCCCAGAGCGACCCCCGCAGGACGACGACGGAGAUGACAUGGAUGCCGAUGACGACCCCAUGGAGACGACAGAUAAUUAAUCAGUGGGAGAGCGCAGUCAUGUUGUGGUUCAGACUUGGAGUUUCGUGCUUCACGUGGAAAAGAAGUAGCAAGUGUGAAAAUAAAGGAGAAAAGAAACUUUUUCUUGUGUAGUAAGGAAUUCCUCUUCCUUUUUCAUUUUUAUUGUUGAAAAGUUGCUUGCGUGAAUAUUAACUGAAAUGAGAAAAGAAACUUGGAAAAAAAACUUUUUCUUUAACUCCUAGUGUCUAGUAGGAGGAAAUUUUUAGAACAGUAUAAAAGUAGUCAGUAACUUUAUACUUGAAAUGUUUCUGUGGUGGUAUAUUUUCAGCCCUGAACUAUAUACAACUCUUCACUGCCAUCUCGUAAAAAGGAUUUUCUUUUUCUUUUUUUUUUCUCAACAUAAACUGGUUGUGCAAAAAUUGUCAUACAGGGAAUUGUGCGAGGAAAUGCAAAAGAAUUUGGCUAUUUUAUCUUCUGUAUUUAUUAUUAUAAUGAUUAUUAUUAUCACAUUUUUCCCAUGCAAAAAAUUCAUACGAGAAGUACUAAUGUAACAUGAAUAUUUGAUUUUUAGUAGAUGGAAAGGAUGGACUACUAUAUUGUGAUUAUGUUGAUGCCAUGUUGUUUUUAGGAAUUUGUUCAGGAGUUUUACUCUUCCAUUAUUCAAGCAGGUUGAUUGAUAUUUAUAUAUAAUAUAAUGUGAUUUGGUCCUUUUUAAGUUUUUUUUUUUUUUUUUUUUUUUUUUUUUUUUUUUUUUU